AACUGUAGUUAACAGUGCGUGCUUAUAACAGUUACACGGUUUUAUUGUAUUUCUAGAAAGUAUACACUUUGUUAAAGAUAUUAUUUGAUAUUCGUUUUUUUAUCCAUCAUGUCAAAUAGUAAGAGAAGAAAAUUAGGUGAUGAAAACAGAACAUUUAAUGUAGAAUGGGAGUUAGAUUUUUUCUUUACUGCUGAGAAAGAUAAAAUGAUGUGUUUGUUGUGCAAUACAGUUUUAAAUACUUUAAAAAAAGCGAAUGCAAAUAAACACUAUUUGACUCAUAAAGAACAUAAAUAUUUCGCUUUAGAAGGUGAAUCACGAAAAGCUGCACUUCAAAAGUUGAAAAAUGAGAAGCAUCAUCAGCAGGCAUCUUUUAGUGCCUUUGUAAAUCAAAAUUCCGCUGCAGUUGCUGUUACGUAUAAAAUAGCACAUAUACUUGGAAAAAGGGGCAAACCAUUUAGUGACAUUGAAAUAAUUAAAGAAUGUAUUGUUGAAGCAGUGAGUAUGUUAGAUCCAAGAAAUGUCGACAAAUACAAACAAUUACCUCUUUCAAGAAGAACUGUAACAGAUCGACAGCACGAAUUAGCGCAAAAUGUAACAGAGCAACUUCAUACAAUUAUACAAAAUGAAGAUGUUUAUUUUUCAAUUGCUUUAGAUGAAAGCACUGAUAAAACAAAUUCGGCACAAGUUUUAUAUUUUAUUCGUGCUAUAACUAAAGAUUUUCAAUGUUACGAAGAACUACUUGCGUUGGGUACAUUAACUGGAAGAACUCGAGGAGCCGAUAUUUUCAAAAACUUC